UUGGUUGUACUUGUCACCGUUAAUAAGCACUAUGGCGCCUGCUGUGAAGAGAAUUGUGAAGAAGAAGACGAACAAGUUCAGACGUCAUCAGUCUGACAACUUCAUGCGAGUGCCGGAGUCCUGGAGGAAGCCUAAGGGUAUCGACUCCCGUAUUCGUCGUCGUUUCCGUGGCACCACUUUGAUGCCUAACAUCGGUUACGGCUCGGACAAGCGCACCAAGUACCAGCUCUCCAACGGCAAGUACGCCUUCCAGAUUAGGUCUCCUGCUGAUAUCGAGCUCUUGAUGAUGCACAAUGAGAAGUAUGCCGCUGUUCUUGCUAGCAACCUCUCUGGCCGCACUCGCAAGGCUAUUAUCGAGCGCGCCGAUCAGAUCGGUGUCCAGGUGCUCAACAGGAACGCUAGGAUGGCCACUGAGGAGACCAACUAAAUCACUAUGCCAAGUGAUUGUCGUUUCUGGAGGUGAUGCUGGUCAACAAACCAACGAGUUACCCUG